AUGUCGACGUUUGGAUCUAGAACGAACAGAUCAGUGGCAACGUCGAGCAGUUCGAGACGUUUAAGGUCGGCACAAUUGGAAGAACAAUUAGUGAGAAAAAGACAAGCCGAAUACGAAAGAUUGAAUUUUUGGAACGAUAAUUGUACCUAUUUUAAAACAUGGGAUUUUAACACUAAUUUGUAUUCGAAUUGGAUAACCAACGAGACGAGUUCUACGAAAUUGCAAGAUGCCGAAAGGAUACAAAAGAAAAAAGAAAAUUUGGAAAAACGUCGUCAGAAAUUAAAAGAAUUGUUCGAAAAGGAAGAGAAAAUGUUUGCGGAAGAAAUGGAUAAUAAGAAGAAGAGAAAACAGGUUUUGAUGGAAGAUUUGAACGCGAUUAACGUUGAAUUUAUGCUCAGGGAAGAAGAAAAGAAAAGAAAAGAAAGAGAUUUGAAAAUGUAUCAUUAUUGGAGGCAAAAUCAACCGAGUUUGAGAGAUUUCGAAAGGAAACAACAUUCGGAUUUUGUUAAAAAAUCAUGGAUACAACAAGUGAUUGAGAAGAGAAAAGAAAGAGAAGAGGAAGAGAAGAAAAUGAAGGAACACAUGGAAGAAUUGAAACGGAUACGAGAGGAAUUCGAUGCGAAGGAUAUGGAAUUGAAAGAAGAAAGAAAGAAAACGGAAAUGGAAUUGAAAAAAUUUUUAGAAGUGCAAAUGGAAUUGGUUAAAUGUAAAGAAGAGGAAGAGAAAAUAUUGAAAAAAGAAGAAAAGAAAACGAUGAAGUCGCAAAGAGAACUCGAGGACAUGAUAGAAGAGAGGAGAAAAUUGGAGGAAAAAAGGAAAAAUUUUGAUUUGAGUUUGUUUCACAAAAGACAGUAUCAGUUACUGUUAAAAAGGAGAGCUAAAGAAAUUCUAGAUGAUUUAGAAUUGGAUAAGAAAUUUUUGGAAAAAAUCGAAGCAGACAAAAAAUACGAAUUCGAAAUCAACGCGGAAAAACAUGAAAAAUUUAAAAAAGAUUUAAAAUUGGCAAAGGAAAUAUGUCAAAAACAAGCGGAAAUCGAAAGGUUGAGAAAUUCUCAGGCACAAUAUUUGUUCGACGAAGAAGCUAAAAAAAUUUACGAAGAACAAGAGGAAACGUGGAAAAAGGAAAACGAAGCGAGGGAAAAAUUGUUGAAUGACGUUCUCAAAACGUUGCAAUUGCAAAUGGAAGAAAAAUUAUUAAAAAUUCUCAAAGAUCAAGAAGAAGCGAGAGAAGAAAGAGAAAUGACGUUGAAAACGAUUGAAAAAGCAAAUAAAGAAUUGGAAGAAUAUCAGGAAAAAGCGAGAAAAUCAUUGGAUAAUUUCAAAAAGGAUUUGGAUCAACAGCCGACAGGAAGAAAGAAAAGUAGUUUUACAAGAUGA